UCGGCCCCUUGUCGCGCUUGCAACUUUUGCUCGUUCUUUCACCUCUCCAACCUGGCCCAAAGCUUGGCCCACGGACCAGCCCGACCCGCGGCAUGGCACUGCCCGUUUUUAUUCGCAGCAUCGAUCAAACAUAUACAAUAUAUCCCGUUGUCUUUCCUCUCGCUCUCGGGCAAUAACAAUGGCACUGCUGCCGUUAGCCCCACUGUCUCAGCCACUCUUACUCUCCCAUUUCCUAAAUCCUAAUCCUCAGUCUCCUUUCCUCCACAAUUCGACAACUCUGAGCCUAUAUAGGAGGAAAUUAAGAAUCUAUCCGCUGGUUUUUGCCUUCUCCGGAGGCCGAAACCUAACGCCACCGUCGUCGCAGGGACCUUUUUCAGGGGUUUCUCUGUCAUCCAAGGAAACCACAAAACUUUAUCCUGGAUUGUUUCACCUCGCUGCCUCUGCCAUACUAUUUAUUGGCUUUGCUGCCCGGGCCUGCACGGCCGUCGCCGCCCCGGUUCCCGUCGUUCCCACUCCCAUAUCUCAGAAAAUACUGGAGCAGAGGAUCGAAGAAAGAGAUGGGGGAGGUUACCCCUCGGUCGAUCCGAAUGCAGUAAACACAGGCAAAUCUGAUAUUCUGGAAACCGUAGAAGAUGAAGAGUUGAAAGCUGCACUAGAAAGCUGGAAGUCUAAAACAUACGCUUUGACUGUACCUCUAAGAAUUGUUUCUCUCCGUGGCUCAUUACCGCCUUCUUGGAUUAAGGAUUUUAUGCAAGUACAAGGAAGGAGAUUGAAGUUACGUUCAGAGUUCCGUGGAAGUCUUGGGGACAUAUUCUCCGACCUAAAUAAAGAUUUUAGUAAAACCAGUCUGGAUCCUAGAUCUUCUAUGGCAGCUGAUAUUGUUACUGUUGGUGACUCCUGGCUCAGUUUGGCCAUUAAGAAGGGUAUAAUUGAACCAAUGGAAGAUGUAGAAAGCCAAGAUUGGUUUAAAGGCUUAAGUGAUAAAUGGAAGGCUUAUUUAUGCAGGAACAGUAAUGGAGAGUUGGACUCUAAUGGGAAAAUUUGGGGUGCUCCUUAUCGGUGGGGAAGCAUUGUGAUAGCAUACAAGAAAAGCAAAUUUCAAAAACAUAACCUGUCUCCAAUAGAGGACUGGGGGGAUUUGUGGAGACCAGAUCUUGCUGGGAAGAUUUCAAUGGUAGAUUCUCCUAGAGAGGUUGUUGGUGCAGUUCUAAAGUACAUGGGGGCUUCCUAUAAUACAAAGGAUUUUGACUCAGAAGUUCCUGGUGGGAGGAAUGCUGUCAUGCAGAAUCUGGCAUUGCUUCAAAAACAGGUUCGUCUAUUUGACAGUGUGCACUACUUAAAAGCAUUUGGAGUGGGAGAUGUCUGGGUUGCUGUUGGUUGGAGCAGUGAUGUCCUCCCUGCUGCCAAGAGAAUGUCAAAUAUUGCAAUUGUUGUUCCCAAGUCAGGCGCUAGUUUGUGGGCAGAUUUAUGGGCAAUUCCUUCCGCCUCUAGAUUUUCUACAAGUCAAAUUGGUGGGCGAAUCAGAGGUCCAUCUCCGCUAAUUCACCAAUGGAUAGAGUUCUGUUUGCAAGUGGCAAGAGCAUUGCCUUUCAAGCAGGAAGUCAUCCCAGGGGCAUCGCCAUCUGCCCUUGAGGACCCUUUGAUUGAAGAGUCUCAAGAGUUCACCAAGGGCAAGCCAAAGCUUGAUUCAGACCUCGUUGCUGGAGUACCACCACCUGAAAUCUUAGCCAGGUGUGAAUUCCUGGAGCCAUUAUCUGAUGCUAUUUUGAGGGAUUACCAAUUGUUAAUUGAUGCUAUGCAGAAACCUGGUUAUGGCGUAAUUAAUUUCAUGCAGCAUUAUAUUUCAACAAUAGCCAAGACUUUGGGGCUAAAACAACAGUGAUGAGUAAAACUAAAUUUGAAUGCAUGUCUGAUACAUGAGUAUGUUGAAGUUCUGCCUGAACAUGAACGAGUUUUUAGAGAAUCUGGCAAAUGUUGUGAAGAGGUUCUUGGCAAUUUGAAUAUGAUUCAUGUUUAGAAAUUGACCGAGAUGUUUGGGUGUCCGUCAUAAGAUGUCAUGUAUAGAAUUUAAAAUUAAUUCUAUUAAACGUUAUUUAUCUUACUUGUGAAAGUCCUACCUUUUCUGUAUUUUUAGAGAAAUCUUUCAGGUCAUUUUUUUA